AUGCUCGCGUUUUACGUUAUCGGACUCGCAUGGAUUGUCUAUACAGUCGCCCAUGUCGUUCGCAUACAUCGAACUAAAGUGCCGGGGCCUUGGUAUACGAAACUCACCAGCCUGGCGCUGAAAUACCAUGAAUUUACUCGGCAUCGCCGGCUGUGGAUCCAUGACCUUCACCAGAAGUAUGGACCUGUGGUUCGGUUAGCUCCAAAUGAAGUAUCCUUCGCCAACUUAGAAGGCAUGAAGGAAAUCUACCAAAGUGGAGGGAGUGGCUACGACAAGACCGAGUUCUAUGAUCUGUUCAAGCAGUACAACUAUCGUACAAUGUUUACAACUCUACCGAAGCGCGAGCACUCGGAAAGAAGAAGAUUGUUCGCUGAGCGCUAUGCCAUGACCAAUAUACUUGGUUCCUCGAUUAUGGAGGGAAUCAGACAGCGCGCUGGUAGUGUGAUUAAACAGUGCGAAGCGUCUAUGGGCGGCUACUUGGAUGUUUAUGUGACGCUGCAUUGCUAUGCGCUCGACUGUGCAUCCCAUUUCCUCUUCAACCCCGGCGGAAUAAACUCACUGAUUGAUUCGAAGGACUUUGUGCUGAUGAAGGAGUUGUCUUACCAUGACAGUCUGAAGCAGCGCCUGAUCCAACAUUACUGGCCUACCCUGAACAAGCUUAUCACACUGUAUAAACCAAAAUCUACACCACUAGCCAAGGAUUUCGUUCUCAAUCGAACACUGCACUCCGAGCCACACGAGUCGUCACUUGUCCACAAGCUCCGGAGCAAAUCCGACUAUCUGGAGCCCAUCCAGAUGGCCGCCGAGAGCAUGGACCAUAUGGCAGCCGGCAUUGACACGACGGGCGACGGUCUCUGUUUUCUGAUGCACGAGCUCUCUCUGCCGCGCUCCCAACAAAUCCAGCAGAAACUGCGCGAAGAGCUGAUUCAGAACCCCCAUGCUAAACUCGACGAACUACCAUAUUUGGAUGCCGUGAUCAAGGAAGGUCUGCGCUUGUUCCCUCCGAUCCCGAUGAGUCUCCCUCGUUACGUCCCUGAGCAUGGUCGCACCGUCUGUGGAUACACUCUACCUGCAGGCUCGAUUGUGAGCUGCCAAGCAUAUUCUCUGCACUUGCUAGACAAAGAUGUCUUCCCUGAUGCAGAGAAGUUUUUGCCGGACCGAUGGCUGCAAAAGGAGGGAGAGUUAGAGAGGAACAGGCUGUUCUUUGCAUUUGCUUCUGGAGGCCGAGGGUGCAUUGGGAAGAAUCUUGCUCUCGUAGAGAUGAAGACUCUCCUGCGCGAGAUCUACUCACGUUUUACGACCAAGGUUUCUGUGGAUAUGAAGGGUGACAUGAGUAUUGACGAUCAGAUUAUUGCGUCGAGGCCGAAGGGUCAGACUUGUCUUUUGUCUUUCCAGGAGGUGACGACGUAA